UGUUUUCUAUUCUGGCCAACACUCAAAACAGGUAGAGAAGAAUGGCGAGCUCAACCUCCGGCGGAAGAAGCAGCAGCAGAGAGAAUACGGCAAAAAACAUGGUCUCCGAUCAGAUUUCUCAGGCCGUACUAUCCACUUCCAACCUCCUCCACCUCAUGCAGCAGUCCUCGCCUUCCCAGACCCAACUGAUAAAGCUUCCAAAGAACCUUUUGCUCAAAUCAUCUACAAUCAAGAAUACUGGAAAUUUAUUGGAGCAGAUGCCUCAAGUCAUUUCAUCUCUGGAUGCACAUAUGGAAACUGGGUUGCAAAGUCUGCCUCAUCUGCAAACUGUAAUCCAACUACUUGCAAAUAUGGAAAGCUGCCGACUCAGUUCUCUCUCACAAGCUCAUGUCCUUCAAGAGGAACAUGAGAGAGAAAACCAACCUUCAAAUGUGGAGUGACAAUAUGCACUACGCAGCACUUAUUGAAGAUUGUAUUGACAAGCUAACAUAAUGCUGGUCAAAUGACACCUUCGGAGUUCUUGUUCAGGAUAAUCAGAGUAAAUUAUAUGUGAUCCCAAUGUACAUAAACACAUUAUAAGAUAAUGUCAGUAGAUUGAAUAAAUGAAGUUAUUCUUUCUGUUUUUUAAUGGAAAGAAACUGUGUUGCUUGACCAAUGUGCUGUGAUCCCUUGAAUGUUCUGAAUUUCACAUAGACGUUCUCACCAGUUGCACGCUAAUAUUUGCUGCAAGAUUGGUUGCUCAUGAAUGUCGUUAGUACUUAUAAAAUAUGUAUCAGAGUACAGAUUGCCAAGUUUAUGUGUAUGUCUGGGCGAGCUGAUUUAUACUAUCAGAGGGCGAUAUAAUGCAGGGUCUUCUAAAGGGGAACAAGUCUCAGUUGUCCUUUCUAUUGAUUCAAUAUCAAUUUCUGUGGAAAGCGAGUUGAGAUUGCGAAAGAUAGAACAGAUCUCCUUGUGCUUCAGAUAGAGACAGGGCUCAAAACUCCCAUGAGGUUGGCCUCUCUGUGUUCUAUUGCCAUGCUUUUUGUGCUUCUGGUAUUUCUUUUGAACUACGAGACACACAGGCUAGAAAUACUGUUUUUCUUUGUGGCUUUUACUGAAAUAAUUCAGUUAUUCGAAAAGAAAUAUCAAAAUGUGCUUUUGGUUGUAUAGCAAUCACGAAUCACCUUAUUCAUGUUUGAAAAUGUGCGUCUUAGUUUC